AUGCAGUUACGUAGAGAACAUUGGUAUUAUGCUCGUCUGAACCAAGACAUAUUUACCACAGCCGUCAUAUCACCAGUGGAACCACCAACGGAAGGCUCGGUCCCCCGGCAAGGCAUUCAGCUUCAAUGUCCCCAAAAGCUAUCCCAAAGCCCGCAUCAAAUCGGACCAGACCAUCUGCAAUUGACACAUGUGGGGCCGCAUCUAUCUGCAUCUCGAAUCUCGACCCUCAAGUUGGCGUGGCAGGCGGGUAUGCUAGUCCAGGCCCGGAAUCCAGCUGAGAUGUGCACCAAGAGUCUGGUAAUUCGCCGAGUUUAA